GGCAACAGUCAAACACACAAGAUGCAGUUACCUAAGGACAGCAAGAUGACUCUUGGUCUGAUUCAGAAGUUUCUGAUUCUACAGGUCAACAUACCAUUGGGAAAAGACUUUUCAGCUGAGUUUCUAGUGACUGAUGAGGAGCAUCUAAAGAGGAGACUCUACUUGUCGACUGUUCAUAAAGAGCUCUCUGCAACUCCUUUGCAUGCGAGAAUACCUCUAACAUGCCACAACCGCGAUACUUGGUGUAAUCUGUGUAUCGAUCUGGACUCGCUCACCGCUGUGAUAUUCAGAGGGACGCGCUUCUUGUCUCUGGAUGGCAUCAUCAUCUCCGCCUGCUGUAAAGUUCGCCGCAUCUUCACCAUGAAGAAUGAACCUGCAGACUUCACAGAUCGAGAAAUAAGAACUGGUCCAAAAGAAGAGAUUCCCAGGAGCUGCCAGUUUCCUUGUGAAGUUCAGCAUGUCAGCCAACUGGUGAACAUGAAAACUCUGGGACAAACUGAUGGAAAAAGUGAAUCUUCAAAUGGAGAGACCGAAGACACCAGUGGCAUCAAGGCAUCCAUCACCAAAGGUCCUACACCUCGAGACUCAUCCCAUAUUGCUUUCGGGUCUAAGGUUAUCGGACCUCCUCCGCUUACCGCCAGGAAGAGCAGCACAUCUGCAAACACAAAAGAAGAAAGAUUCAAGUCUGAACUAAGUCUCAACAUACCGUCAGGUCGAAGUGAAAAAGUACAGCCAAGACCACCACUCGAAAAACCAUCUGCUGAACGAACGAGCUCUAGGAGACCUCAGAGGAUCCACAAUACGAAGAGAGAAAAAUCCUGCACAGAUAAAGAAGGUGGCAAAAUUAGCCUGAACCCAGAGGGAUCUGAGCUUCAAGGAAAAAAUGCAGUAUCGUCACUACAAACUCUGGGCUUGGACUUAACGGUAGAAGAUAAAUUAACUGAUCCGAUUCUACAAGAACGUGUGCUGACUGCAGAUGAUGCUGACCUUUGUGACACAGAAACUGAGCUCUCUCUCAGUGAUGAGGAAUACGGAGAGGAAGUCUUCACUUUCUCCUCAUGCCCUCACUCAGCCAGACGCAAUCAGGCUAGCGGCAACCCUGUUGAGGAUCUGACCUUUGGCCUUAAAGGUCACAAGCUGCUAACAGAAGGACAACGCAAGGAUGCACGUCUGGAAGAUGAUUUCAUGGGGAGUGAGAGCGAAGAGGAUGAAAUGCAUACAGAGUUUCUCAAAAGAUGUGCAGUCCAUUCCAUUACUACUCCCCCACCACUUUCUUCAAUACAAAAACACACAGCUCAACCCAAAUUCUCCUCUGAGCCAAUUAAGACUCGGGCCUCUGCUGUCCAACAUGUCUCUGAAGGUCCAAAAAGGCACGAACCCAUGCGGAUAGCACCAACCCGCUGCCUCUCUCCUAGCUCCUCCAGACAAGGGAGCAGACUAGAUCGGUCUGAAGCUGACAGAGCAUUGCCUGAUGGAGAUACCAGGAUAUCUAUCAACAGAACAUCUGUGCGCGAGAUCUCACUCAAGAAUUCUGGGCUUCAAAAGGUGAGUGU